AUGGCUAAGUAUCGCAUACAAAUUAUCUUAAUCUUAGCAGCAGCGGUUCUGGUUAUGCAAACGACUGCUAGGAAAGGUCCAGGUAUUACUAAUGAUGAUGGUCGCAAAUACCGCCUUGUUUUGCCCUGCUGCAUAGGUCAAGGCUGCCCAUUUCCUCCUCUCCGAACCCCUCCACCACCACCACCACCAAUGUCUCAUGAAAUGGGCAGCCUGGACCUAUGCAGCAGGGCAAAACAAGGCAAUAAUUUGUUUCCCUCUAGUAAGAAGAACCGAGCCUAUAAAUCCCCAGGUUCUGGCACUGGUGCUGGCGCUGGAUCGCUUGAUUUCUUGAGGAACAAUCCCCAGUUUCAAGCAUUGCGGACAAUGGUGCAAUCCAAUCCAGAAAUUCUCCAGCCUGUACUUCAAGAGCUCGGAAAGCAAAAUCCCGGUCUCUUGAGACUAAUUGAUGAGAAUCAUUCUGAGUUUCUUCAGUUGAUAAAUGAGCCCAUGGAUGGUUCUGAUGGGGAUAAUUUUGACCAGCCUGAGCAAGACUUGCCUCAUGCCAUCAAUGUGACGCCAGCUGAGCAGGAAGCAAUUGGAAGGCUAGAGGCUAUGGGAUUCGAUAGAGCCUCUGUGAUAGAGGCAUUUUUGGCAUGUGACCGUGAUGAGCAAUUGGCAGCCAACUACUUACUGGAAAAUGCUGGGGAUUUCGAGGAUUAAAUCACUAACCUACAAUCAUUCAUAGUUUUGUUCAUGCCUCUUUUUUUCUUUUGCAAGGAGGGUGGGUUUGCAAUUUUUCUUCUUACGGUGUCUUUCUAGAGAAAUUUAUUUGGUUGAGUUUCUGAUUUGUGUUGAUGUAUUCUACUAUAUAUUACUAGGUUUGGUUUAUAUAACAGGGUCAUAUUUUAU